AUGGGGUUUUACAUGGACCGUUUGAACAAGUACAGUCAUUUCCUCACUUUGAAGCAUCCGUAUACGACUAGGGAUGUUGCAAGCUUAUUCGUUAAAGAGAUUGUCCGGUUACAUAGAUUUCCUCAUUUGAUUGUCUCGGAUCGAGAUCGAGUGUUUAUUAGUCAUUUUUGGGAUGCCAAGCGGAGAGAAAUCAACUUUGAAGUGGGGGAUUCAGUUUAUCUCAAUCUACAGCCUUACCGCCUUCGUUCCUUGGCUCAUCGUUACAAUGAGAAAUUGAGUCCGAGGUUCUAUGGCCUUUUUGUGAUUACUGAAAAAAUUGGUUCAGUAGUUUACCGACUGCAGCUACCUUCCACUACCCGGAUUCACAAUGUGUUUCAUGUGUCCCAACUUAAGAAGACUACUUUCCCACCUUCAAAUGUCCAACUACUUCCAAAUGCCCUAGAUGAGGACUUGAUUUUAGCUAUUGAACCAGAGGAUGUGUUAAAGAAAAGAAAGUUGCUAAAUGGUACUUAG